GCUGCUUCCUGUUCUUCUUCUUUGUUUUUCGUAUUUUCGACAUUUUCUCCGAACGUGAGAUAUAUUCACGAUUUAAAACAACUUUAACGUUGAAUCUGCGUUUUUCUGCCGAAGCUUCGUUUUAAAAUCUCGUUCAUUUCUCGAUGGAAGCGCGCUACUGAGCUAGCUAACGUUACAGAAGCUAACUGUGGCUAGCAGCUAGCUGAGCUCGUUAUUUAGAUUCAAGAAUAAAUUAAAGAAGUUUUAUCCUCGUCACUUAAAUAUGACGUCAGCGUCAGCAAAGGUCGGAGAGAUUUUCUCUGCAGCUGGAGCCGCUUUCAGCAAACUGGGAGAACUGACGAUGCAGCUCCACCCGGUGUCUGACUCCAGUCCUGCAGGAGCCAAGUGGACGGAGACGGAGAUCGAGAUGCUUCGUUUGGCUGUUCGUCGCUUCGGAGACGAUCUGAACAACAUCAGCUCCGUGAUCAAAGAGCGAACUGUUGCUCAGAUAAAGAGCACAGUGAAGAGGAAGUUGUAUGAAGACAGCCGAGUCCCCAUUUCCUCUGAAUCCCCGAAGAAGAACAUGAAGAAAUCCACAGUUGCCAUGGCGCCGGCCCCCGCCCCCUCAGCACCCGCCAUGAUUGCCGUGCCGACCCAGCAAGUUGUCGUGGCGACAGGGAUGCAGAACAGCCCCUCCCUGGCCCCGCCCCUCAAGAAGCAGAAGACGGCAGAUGUGACCCUCAGCGCUCUGAACGACUCGGACGUGAACAGUGACCUCGUCGACAUCGAAGGACUCGGAGACGGAUCGUCCAACAAGAAACUCAACUUCGACCAAGAGAGUCUGAACCUGGACUCCAGCCUCAUCAUGAACUCCAGUGACCUCCCGCUUCUCUCCCGCUGACCUUUGACCUCCAGUCAUUCUCUCAAACACACGAUUCUCUUCAUUAGCGUUCAUUUUAAAAUUCAAAAGUUUUUGUUCAAAUUUUUAUUCGGGAUCCAAAAGAAGGUUUUUUUUUAAGUUUCUUCUUUUUGAAAAUAUUACCUGAGUUUGUUUUUCUCUUUGAAGCAGAAUUAUAUUUCACUUAGGGUUAGGGUCCUGUUGUUAAAUCGAGAAGAAACACGUUGAACAUCACAUCGAGACUCGACCGUUUGAAGAGACGCAGAAAUUAGACGAUAAAUCUUUGACUCAAGUGAGUAACUCUCUCGAUUCAUGUUUCACUUUAAUUUAAUCUGAAAUAAGCAUCGAUCUGAAACCUCGUGUGUUACAGCGUCCGUCUUUAAAACAAGAUUCAACAAACCUCGGAUCAGAAGAUUUUAUUCUUAUUAACAAACCAACAUGUCGCUUUGUUACUGAAGAUGAAAAUCUUUAAAAACAUCUGACGUGGUUUCAUCCUUUAAGAAGCUCGGAGUCAUAAUAAUACAAAUGUCUGUUUUGAGAAGAAAACUGAACAAAGACAGAAAAUGUGAUGUUUGAACUGUUUGUUAUUCACUGAUGUAAAAACAUUGUUUUUAGUAUGUUAAUAAAAAAUGAGAACAA